AGGCCCAAGAAGAACAUCUGGGAAGAAAAAUGCAUUGUGGACUCCUGUGCCGAUUCCUGUGGCUUUGGCCCUUUCUCUUCUACAUUGAAGCUAUGCCCAUCCGAAAAGUCCAGGAUGACACCAAAAUUCUCAUCAAGACGAUUGUCACCAGGAUCAAUGAUAUUUCACACACGCAGUCGGUCUCCUCUAAACAGAAGGUCACUGGUUUGGACUUCAUUCCUCGGCUCCACACUGCUCUGACUUUGUCCAAGAUGGACCAGACAUUAGCAAUCUACCAACAGAUCCUCACCACUCUGUCUUCCAGAAACGUGAUCCAAAUAUCUAACGACCUAGAGAACCUCCGGGACCUUCUCCAUCUGCUGGCCUCCUUCAGAAGCUGUCCCUUCCCCCGGGCCAGCAGCCCGAAGACCUUGAAGGGCCUGGGUGAUGUCCUAGAAACCUCGUUCUACUCCACAGAGGUGGUGGCCCUGAGCAGGCUGCAGGGGUUUCUGCAGGACAUGCUACAGCAGCUGGACUUCAGCCCUGGGUGCUGAAGUCUUGAUGGCCUCUCUUCC